UCAGUGAAAAAUCGUGAAAGAAAAUAGGGAAAAACUGCCUAAAAGCACUGAAAAAAAUACGGAAAAACAGUAAAAAACGAACCGUGUGUCGUCGCAGCGCGCGUUUCAAGUGCUUUGUCCCGUAAAACGUCGCAAAUUUCGAAAUAAUAGCUGCCAAUUAAAGUGUAGAACCAUUUUGAUAAAAAAAAUAAUUUCUUGUGCGUACAAUUUUGAUAUUUGCUAAAAAAGCAGCAAAGAGUGUGAAAAAUUGUGAAAUAAAUGUGAUAAAAAUGCAGUAAACAUCUCCGAUAUGCUGGAUAACAUGGAUAAAGUCAUAAUAUGGAAGGAUGAUUGCCUUCAGACUAAUUAAGGAUAUCAUCACGUAGAUUUAUUACAAGAGAGUUUACUGCAACGCGUAAAAAUGUCAUUUUUGAACAACUUGAAGAAAGUCUUCCAUCUCGGAAGCGGGGAGGCGAAGAAAAAACGAUUGUACAAUAAUGUACGAAUGGAUACGAAUCCAACAGACUUUUGGGAAAUGAUUGGGGAAUUGGGGGAUGGUGCCUUUGGUAAAGUGUAUAAGGCACAGAACAAAGAGACUCAACGACUUGCAGCGGCGAAAAUGUGUACGUUGGAAGACGAGGAAAACUUGAGCGAUCACAUGGUAGAAAUAGAUAUUUUAUCUGAGAUUAAACAUGAGAAUAUUGUUGAACUUUAUGAAGCAUUUUCGAUAGAUGAUAAGUUAUGGAUGCUAAUCGAAUACUGUGACGGCGGUGCCUUAGAUAGUAUUAUGGUUGAAUUGGAAAAACCUCUAACAGAGCCGCAAAUUGCGUAUGUUUGCAAGCAUAUGUGUGCUGGAUUAAGUCAUUUACAUCGCAACAAAGUGAUUCAUCGCGAUUUGAAAGCUGGCAAUGUUCUGUUGACGAUGAGUGGCGGCGUGAAAUUAGCAGAUUUUGGUGUUUCAGCCAAAAAUAAGCAUACAAUGCAAAAACACGACACUUUUAUAGGCACGCCAUAUUGGAUGGCGCCUGAACUCGUGUUAUGUGAAACGUUCCGCGACAAUCCGUACGAUUAUAAAGUCGAUAUUUGGUCGUUGGGCAUCACACUGAUCGAAUUCGCACAAAUGGAGCCGCCUAACAGUGAAAUGUCUCCAAUGCGCGUAUUGCUCAAAAUCCAAAAGAGUGAUCCGCCUAAAUUGGAUCAACCAUCAAAAUGGUCCAAAGAGUUCAAUGAGUUCCUUGCAAAAGCACUCGUCAAAGAUCCAACAACGCGCCCUGAAUCUGAAGAGUUGCAGAAACUUGCGUUCAUCAAUAGAGCACUCGAUCCGAAACCAAUUAUCGAUUUGUUGCUCGAGUAUAAGGCUGAUGUCGUCGAAGAGGAAGUUGUCGAUGACGAAACUGAGAAGGCAAAACGACAAGCAAAACGACGUUCAUUAUACCAAAGGGAACACCGCAGUUCAACGCUUCCCCUCGACUUGGACGAUGACUCGUCAUCUGUACAAAGUCAAGAUACGGAAAAAGCUGCAGAUUUGCCAUCAUCAAAAUUACCUUCUUCGAAAGAAGCAUCUCCAUCUCCCGCAGCUCCCAACAAAUUACCAUCAAAAGUGUCGUCAGAUGACAAAUCCAGUAAUAGUGAAAAUAAUGUUAAUUUAGUUAAUGAACCAGUUAAAAAGCGUCGAGAUAAAGAGUUAGAAAUUGUAGCGGAAAAUGGCGUCGAAGUGACGGAGAAAUCAUCGAAAGUUGUUCAUCGUAAGGAAAAAGGACCUGCGCCUCGUCCCCCAUCGAUGAUUUCUUCGUCGACAUCGACAACGUCGAGUGAUAAGUCUGAGUCAGAACGCAAAAAAGACGAAGCUCCAAAAGCUCCCUCUCCGAAGAAAGAAGCUGCGCCUGCUCCUCCUCCGCCGCCUGCUGUUAUCACGCAAAAACCAUGCACACCAAAAAUUGAACGCAGCGUAUCGAAUGACGAUUUGCUCGAACAACGACUUAACAAAGAUUUGGCGCGCAAUUCACAGAAAGAGAAAUCGCUCAUCAAAUCAAACAGUAUUUCCGCGUCAGAACACGAAACGAAGCCCGAAAUCAAUCGCAGCUAUUCGUACGAAGGGCGUCAACGUAUACCUUCGGAAAGAGAUUCGCCAUCAUUUACGAACAAGACGCUAAAUACCUCAACAAUUACCGUAAACUCGGAUAAUUCAGAAAGUGCAAAUCCCUCCAUAAAUUCUCUCGCAGCAAAUGCCGCAGGCAAUCAAGUUACUGUCAUUACGAGUCAUCCUCCCGUUAUUUGCGACAAUUCGAUAUUGCCUGAACCGCCACCGGGCUUCGGAAAUGAUAUUGUUAUCGUAUCGACGAACGAUCAGAGCAGCAACAAAGAUACGGAUGACGAUCAAGAAACAAUUUCUUCGCGAAAUUCAAGCCCGAGCAAUAAAUAUUCAGGCGGAAAGAUAAUUUUGCCUGAAACUCCUCAAAAGGGAAGAAAACUCGAUGAAAGCGAAGUAUUGAUCGUGAGUCCUGGAUUUGUCGACACUGAAUUGACAAUUCACGAAGAAGGCGAUGAGAUUCCGUCGCGCAAUGAAGAAGAACCCGACAAUGUUUGCCCAAAUCGUUUGUCAAAGACUCUUUUCGACACUAGUCAUGUUUCUGUCGUAACACUCGGCGAAGAAGAAGUCAAAGUUAAGGAUUCUUCAAAUGCCCCUUCAUCUCCAUUGCAGAUCACAGAGUCAAAUCUCAACGAGAAAACAAGCAAUAAGAUCGCAAAUGGUCAAAUAAUUUCCGACGAUGUCAGUAUAAUCGUGAACAACAACAAGAAAAAUGGAAAACGCAACUCUCCCGAUUCAUCUGUUGGCUCAAUGGAUUCACGAAAUCACAGCGAAUGUGGAUCUGUUCGUUCAACUCACACGCCGCCCGUAAUAAUUGCCAAACUAGAUCGAAGCGAUGUUGAGAGUAUCGCGACAACAGCUAGUCAUGAUAGUAAUCGCGAACCUGAAGAAGAGCCCGUUCAAUUGCGACGAAAACCUCUUGAACCUGUUGCUCCAACAACAAACAACGUUUCUGACAAGAAUAAAAUAAUGUCGCCGAACACGAAAAAAGAGAUGGAUUUGGCUAAUUUGCGGAAAAAGACACGUAAAAGGACGAGAAAGUUUGAAAUUGAUGGCGUUCAGGUUACGACAACAACGAGCAAAGUCAUUUACGAUGACGAGGAAAAUAACACGCUUUACGAAGAUCACAUUUUGCGCAAACAAGAGUUACGCGAACUCAAAUUGUUGCAAAAGCAAGAAAAGAAACAAUUCCUUGAUUUGAAAUCGAAGGAAACAGUUGCAAAGGAAAAUCAAGAAAAGAAGUUUGAACAAGAGAGAAUUGCUUUAGAACGAACUUAUGAUGCUGAUAUGGAAGUUUUAGCACGCCAACAUCGUCAAACUGUCGAAAAGUACGAGCAACAACAAGAAGCUGAGCUUCGUAAUACCUCCAAAAAGAUUCGUGCUGAACAAGAAAGAGAACUUAAAAUGUUCCGUGACAGUUUGAAACAAGAAAUUCGUUUGCUCAAGCAAGAAAUUGACCUUUUACCAAAAGACAAACGCAAAGAUGAGUUCCGAAAACGAAAGAUUUUGAUGGAAAACGAGCAUGAAGAACGUGAAAAAGCAUUUUUGGCAUCGUUGUCUGAAAAUCAUGAAUUAGCACUGCGUCGUAUUAGCGAAAUUUAUCGCGAAAAGUUGGCAGCUACUGACAAAGGAUAUCUACAACAGAAGCAAACCGCUAUGCGAACUCGUGAAGCAAUGUUAUGGGAAUUGGAAGAGAAACAAAUUCACGAAAAACAUCAAUUAGGCAAACGUCAUGUUAAAGACAUAUGUUUCAUGCAAAGAUCACAAAUGAUCAUUCGACAUGAGAAGGAAUUAGAUCAAAUUAAACGAAUGUUACAACGAAAGGAAGAAGAUUUAUUAAAAAGACAAGCGAUUGAAAGACGAGCAUUACCAAAACGUAUUCGAGCAGAACGCAAAGCGCGUGAUAUGAUGUUUAGAGAAUCCUUGAGAAUUUCGAUGAUUUCUGAUCCGGAAGCUGAACGAGAGAAGUUAAAGAGGUUCCAUGAGCAAGAAAAGAAACGUUACAAUCAGGAACAACAAAGAUUCGAAACUAAACACAUGAAACAGCUAGAGGAAGUUCGUGCAAAUUGUGACACAACAAUUAGGGAAUUGGAGCAACUUCAAAAUGAAAAACGAAAGGCUCUGCUUGAACAUGAGACAUCAAAGUUACGACAAUGCGAUGAAACGUUGCAAAAAGAGUUGCGUGAAUGGAAAUCGCAACUUUUGCCACGCAAACAGCGCAUUGAGAACGAAAUCUUCGCAAUGGUAGACGAUUUCGAGGCGAAAUAUGGGCCCUGUGAUCGCAGUGAAUUCGAAGGUGAAUUUGUUGUGCCGCCUGAAUUGCGCGAUUUGCGUAGCCGAACAAAUAACACACUGAAUAUGCGUGCACUUAAGUUACACGGAGGAUUUUUGGGUCUUUCCAAAUCUCGCACUUUCCUUACGCUCCCUGUGCGUCAAAAGCACAACAUUCAUGCCUCUGUUCCCGAUUUAAGUCGCAGUGUUCCCACAACCCCGGGCUCUAAUCACAAAAUAUCUCUCGCAGCUUCGUGCGAUUCGGUUCUUGAAGAAUCCGAAGAAAAUGCGGAAACGGAAAAACCUUCUAAAACGUCGGGAAAUAAAGUUACAAAAUACUUUUUCUCAGAAAACGGUGUUCAAUUUCGACGCAAAUCUGAAGAUGUUUUGAAUGAGGGUAAAAAAACAUCGACCAAAAUUGGAGGCUCAGCAGGCAGAGCUUUCAUGUCGAUGCAACCGAAUCAAAAUUUGCGACAAAAUUCCGUGCCAGAAACGCGUUACAUUCCUGUCAGAGCAAAAUUAAACAAACCUCCUUUGACAUCUUUGUUCGACAAGUAUCGCAAUAGUAACGCAAAAUCCGAAAACAUUGGAAUUACUCCUGCACGAUCGCUCUACAGUAUCGCGAGUAGUCCAAAUGAAUCUCCCGUAAAAGGAAACGUUCGAAAUUCAACAAGUUUUACGGGCGAUCUUGAAGCAUACGCGACAUUUACCAUUCCUCGAGUUUCUUUGAACGUCAAAAAUGGUAAACUUGAUUUGACCAAAUCUUCAGAGAAUCUUUACGAAAAUGGAGACUCGGCGGCUUAAAUCACACUUUUGAGGCAAACUUCUGUUGUACAUUUGUUAUAAUUUUUCCAAAUCCCGUUGCUUUAGUUGAUAAUAACAUUAAAAUUUAAGUUUUUUUGAUUGAUUUGUAGAAUUUUAGCAUGAAUUUAUUUAAUAAUUAGUAGUUUUUCCCUUAAAUCCUUUUUGAAAUAAACAAAUUAAACCAUUAAAACACACACACAAAAACAAGUAAAUGAACAUUUGGUGAAUGGUUAAAAAAAAAACAAAUAUUGGGACACAAAAUUUUAAGUAGAUGAACGGUAGUUAUGAUGUGAUUGAACAACAAUCCGAACAAAACACAAAAUUUUGAACACAGAAAUUGGAGGAGACUUUUUUGCAGCAAAUUGAAGAAAUGGAAACACUGUAUGGCGGCUCAAUGACACUCAGCAUUUCUCCUCUCACGCAAUCACAAUCCGCAGAAUUUACAUCUGGCUCAACGCGUAGCAGCUU